AUGAAAUUCUAUUGGUCACAAAUUUAUUCUUGGUUAUUAAGAACGCCAUAUCGUUCUUUAGAAAGAGCAUAUAGAGCAAGCAAAAAAAUACAGCAUAUAAAAAAAAAUUAUAUUUUUUAUAAUAAAAAUAUUAUUUCUUCUUCAAGAAGAUCUUGGCAAGCAAUAAUGUUAUAUAUAAAUACAAAUUUGAAUAAUUGUGUAUUUAUAAUAUAUUGGAGUCUUUUAGAAUAUAGAAUUAGUUUAUUUUUUUUUGAUUUUAUAAAAACUUUUGUCUUAAUUAUAUCAAAUUUUUUUAAUUCUUUUUUUUCGAAUUUGAUUUCAAAUAAUGUAAUAAAACAAGAUUUAAAAGAAAUUAAACAGAUGAAUAAAAAACUAGCUUGGAUUGAAGCUAGUUUAAAUGAUUUAGAUAUGUGGAAAUAUUAUUAUUCUUUUUCUUUUUUUUCAAAAGAAAAACAAAAAACUGUCGAAACUUCUUUAACUUUUGUUGAUUUAAAAAAAAAUAAUGUGACUACAGCAGCCUAUGAAUCAAUAGGUCUUGUACCCCGUUCAAUAACGCGUACGUUAUCAGGUUUUAAAACAGAAUUAACAGGACAAUCAACUUCAUUAGUUCUUCAAGAUUUCCAAAUAGCGCGAUAUCAAGCAUUGGCUUCUUUACAAUACAUGUUAUUUUUACUUUUUAUUCCUUGGGGAUUUUCUAGUUUAUUAAAAAUUUGGUUUUUAGAACCUUGGCUUAAAAAUUGGUGGAAUACUUAUCAAUAUCAAAUUUUUCUUAAUUCAUUUCAAGAAGAAUUAGCAUUAAAACGACUUCAACAAAUAGAAGAACUGGUUUGGUUAGAUAAAAUAAUGGUAAAUUCUUUAAAAGAACCACAAUCACAAGAUCUUAAUAUAGAAAUUCAUCAAAAAACAAUUCAAUUAGUAAAAAUAUAUAAUGAAAACAGUUUAAAUACUCUUUUACAUUUAUUAACAGAUAUUGUGUAUGUUAUUACUUUAAGUGCAGUUUUUAUUUUAGGUAAACAAAGAUUAGCUAUUUUAAAUUCUUGGAUUCAAGAACUAUUUUAUAGUUUAAGUGAUACAAUGAAAGCUUUUUCUAUUCUUUUAUUAACAGAUUUAUGUAUUGGAUUUCAUUCACCUCAUGGUUGGGAAAUAGUUAUAGGUUCUUUUUUAGAACAUUUGGGAUUUGCUCAUAAUAAACAUAUAAUAUCUUGUUUUGUUUCAACUUUUCCAGUUAUUUUAGAUACUGUUUUUAAAUAUUGGAUUUUUCGUCAUUUGAAUCGUAUAUCUCCUUCUAUUGUGGCAACGUAUCAUACAAUGAAUGAAUAA